AUGCUUUUAUUAAAGAACUUUUUCCUCCUUCUUUCUUUCCUCGUCCUUCAUAUUGCCCUUGCUGCGGAUAUUCAAGUAACGCGGGAUAUUUCUGCACCAAAAAUGUUAGGUGGUGAUGAAACCGCUUAUCUCUGGACCGGAACUGCUGAAUUCGAGAAGAAGGUCACCAAUGGACAGCUUGUGCAAAUAUGUGACGAUGCUUUCAAGGCUAUGGCCGCAUCCAUGGAAAAAUACUUGCCAGAUAUUGGAAACAAGAAAAUUCCCGGAGUCAUGGUAGCAAUGGUAUACGAAGCCGAUCCUGGAAAGAAAUACAAGGUCUAUCUCGCUUCGUCCGCGAAGGGUUCGAAGAAUAUUGUCUACGCAGCGAAAAAGUCUUCACGCGAUCAAGCAAACUGCGCAGUGACAAACGAUUUCCUUCCGGAACAAUUUAGAAAAGAGCUCGAAAAUUGCCGGGUUGACUGGAGCACGGGCAAUGGCGACAACCCUCGACACAAAAACGAUGCUAGCUGUGGCGAACAAAAUGCAUUAUUGAUGAUCUUUGCCGAGCAGGGCAAGAUGCCAAAGAUCACAAAGGAGACUAGUAGUAUCGUUGCAAUUGCAGGAAGAAUCAAAGAUAAGGAGGACGAAAAUGGAGAGAUACGGAAGAAGCAGUAUCUAGGGGGAAUGACUAUUCCCCCUUGCACGGAAGAUGGCGGUUAUGGAUGCGACGAAGUGUUGGAGAAAUACUUCGGGAACAACAUCGAUGUCAUAACUAAAGACCAGGCAAAGGAGCCAUAUGAUGACAAUAAGCCCGUGUCUGUGGGCUUUCAGCCAAUCUUUGAUGUUAAGGAUUCAUGA